GGCCUGGCCUUGGCCGAAGGAAGAUGGCAGCCUCCGGGAGCGGCUCCCUCGGCCGCGGUUUCGACAUAAGCUUGGCUGCUUUAAAGCAGCAGGACCCUUAUAUUCGCGGCAUCGUGGACGUCGCCAGCCAGGUGGCUCUGUACACCUUCAGUCAUGUGGCGAAUGAAUGGGAAAAGACGGAUGUGGAAGGAACAUUAUUUGUUUAUACGAGAUCUGCGUCCCCCAAGCAUGGAUUCACAAUUAUGAAUCGCCUUAGCAUGGAAAAUCGGACUGAGCCCAUCACUAAAGAUUUGGACUUUCAGCUUCAAGACCCCUUCCUGCUGUAUCGGAAUGCCAGAUUCUGCAUCUACGGAAUCUGGUUUUACGACAAAGAAGAAUGUAGAAGGCUCGCGGAGCUAAUGAAGAAUCUGACCCAACAGGAGCAGCUGAAAGCACAGCAGGGGGGUCCCACCGGGCUGUCGCCAAUGACCCUCAACUCAGCUGAAGUGAAGGAAGUAGACAUCUUGCAGAUGCUAACCAAAGCCAAGGAUGAGUAUACCAAAUGUAAGCCAAGUUCGGAGCCCAAGAUGAUGACCAGCUCGUCGGCCAUCUACAGCAACCCCAACCUGAUCAAACCCAUCGCAGUGAAACCCAGCGACCCAACGCAGCCGCCAGGCAAAUUUGGGGAUCCAGAGCCGCAGCAUUUAUCGCUCACCGCUCUGUUUGGGAAGCCAGACAAAGGCCAGGAGGCAGGGGCAGAACCGGCAGAGCCCACCAUGGUGCGCCCCCCUGUCGUACGGUCUCUUUCGUACGAGGAACCCAGCCAGAGUCGGGUCGCUGAGAACAGCGAGACCCAGCUGUGCCCCGCAAUCCAGAAAUUGAUGGUGAGGGGCCACAGCCUGCACCCCGUAUCCGAAAUCCCGGAAAACCGUCAGUGCCACAACGGGACCUUCCAUGGGGCAGGCAGCAUCCUCUCGGAUCUUUUCCAGCCCGUGGCACCCGGAGCCUCUUUCUCCAUCAAAGACCACGAAGGUGGGGAAAGCCUCUUGCAUAAGCUUCACGGUACCCAUGUAACAGUGCCCCAAAUGGACCUGGGCCCUCCUGCCCCUUCUUAUAGUUUCGCCCCUUCCCACAGUUUUUGUGGGCUGGGAUCUUCCGUGGCGGCAAAGGAUGUGGGGCCGUCGACUGUCGCGUAUUAUGACAGCUGCCUGCAAAGCCAAAGGACUUCGGCUCCGGCCCCCCAGUUACCGCUCUCGUCGCAGCCUCCCGCAGCUUCCGGGGCCAUCUCUCCGCAAGAGCUACUGAAGAAGCUGAACCUGGUGCGUCAGGAGCAACAGCUGCACUCCAGUCCGAGACCGGCCCUCGCGGCAAAGUUCCCCGUGGUUACCCAGAGCGGGGCGAAAACUCCCUGGGUAGAGAAAUUUCCUGGGACUGAAAAACACAAUACGCUGUUCCAGCAGGUAAUAUCUCCGCAGCGAAUCCCGGCUACAGUGUCCCCCGCUCUGCUAAUGUCCCCGCUCGUAUUCACCCAAGCGAGUGUUCAGAGCAGGCCGAGCGACGCAACAAAAGCACCGGCUUCCAAAGAGCCCUCAAACGGAACAUCUGGGCUGUUGUUACCCCCGGGGCCGCCAGAUGCCCCGGCCUGCAGUAGUAGCGCCGGUAACCAGAUCAGCAUUCUUACCAAAAGCCAGCUCAAGGGGACCCUGCUGCAUCUGAUCCAGAAUGAUGACAGCUUCCUGAACACUAUCUACGAGACCUACCUGUCUACGCUGGCGAGAGGGGGAAGCGUUGGAAGAAAAAUCUAAACUUCUGCUUCCCGCACCGAGAACGUUCCUUUCGUAUCCGUGGACUUGCGCGAUCGCAGCCGGC